AUGGAUCAACUGCGGCCACCCGGUGACAGCAUGCCCUUUCCGGCCCCGCGACGACAUUCCACCGUUCCAACCUCUUUCCAGCCAGCACCCUCAAGACCACCAUCGAACUCUGUCUCCAGCAAUGGCUCCGUCGAGACCCUCUUUAAUCACCCCUCCGUAAAGAUCGUGGCCUUCUCCGCAGGCAAGUCCGCCUUCGACCGGCCCGGCCCUGGCUCCGAGGACAAGCCAGGUUCACUGCCUUCUUCUUCCCAGUUCGAGAGGACCAUAGCUGUUGGUGCUUUCCAGAUUUACCGAGCUCCCGGGUCCGUCGCUUUCCUCCGAUGCGGCUCAGCCCUACAGCCCAUACUGCCCAAAAGCCAAUGCUGGACCCUGGACGAACGCUCGAGCAAGUUCGCUCUGCAGAUCCGGCGACCAAAUUACUGGAGGAUCGAGGUGCCCGUGAGCGAUGACGAGGACACGCGGAGGGCAUUGGUGUUGCGCGAGAUCCUAGAUAAGAUACUGCAGUUCGAGAAGACACCCUGCCCUUUCGAGCGGGACUUCACUGUCCAGCUGCCUGAGAGACCGACCACUCCCAUUAAAAAGAAACCAUGGACUCCCCCGGUCCGGAGUGUAUCAAUGAACUGGCCCCCACAACCAGUCACGCCGCCUCCCGAAUUUGCGACUCGGACAAGAUUCUAUAAUCCAAAUGCACGGAGGCAUUCUGAUUUCGGUGUGGAUUUGUCAAAGACAAGGGCUACGCCCGAGACUCCUGAAGCGAAGCCCGAAGGAAGAACGGUAGAUGGAUCAGCAAAUAUCGGUACCCCUACCAGGCCACCAUCACGCAGAAUUUUGGAGACAAUGGAGACUCCCCGGCAGGAGACGAUCCCCGAGGAGGCCAAUCCUGAGGAGUCGAUUCCAGAGUUUGGCAUUAAGUUCAGAUCAGUAUUGGAAGAAGCCGAGCCACUGACGCCGCCUCUUACCGCAAUCCCGCCGGAACUUGCCAAAAAGACGGUGGAGCCUGCUCCAGGAGCUGCAACCGUUAAAACGGAAGUGAAGAGGGCAGAAGACCUCGAAGCAAGCCCCAAAGCCCCAGAAACCCAGAGGACUUUGGCUGUGGCGAAGAAGCGCGAACCCAUUUGGAUAACGAAGAAACCGUCCGCCACAGCUCGGAAGUUGCAACGACCGGCGCUGCCAAAGGCACAAUCAGCGGGUCCCACAGCGUCGACGGUCUCGCGUAAUCAGAGUGGAAAGAUGGCGGACACCGUUGAGAAAUCUAAACUGCCUGAAUGUAGCGCGAACCAGGAUUUAUCGCCGUCCGCAAAUAAUGCGAAACGAAGUGACUCGAGUAGCCCUUCUGAUACUGAAGAAGCGGGCUCAAUAGAAGGAGCCGGACAAAUGCGGUUGAGACGGACCAGGGUAGCUGCCUUUGCCUCCAGACGAGCCGCUACGGCCCCUGCACUGAGACUUCGAACGUCAACACCAGCCCUCAAUCUUCCGGAGGAGACUCCCGAGGAAGUGCCUGCUCCUAGCUCCCCAGCUGAGUCGUCGGAUUCGUUUCACAGCACUCAGUCGUGGCAUUCGCCACUUGCUCCUCCUUCGCCACCCAUGUCUCCUAGGCGAGCAUACCCCUAUCCACAUGAGAACAUUCCAUUAGCGAGAACGGGUGAUGGAUCAGAGUCUGCCGCCACACCUACCAUAUCAGUUUGGGAGAAGAGCUCGACGGGUGCGGUUGCGGGCAGCGGCGCAGGCACGCCCAUCACUCCAUUCUACAACGAUCACAAUGGAACCGAUGUACCAACAGAGAACAGAGAUGACGUGAAGUUAUCAGGCGAGUCUGCAACAACGACUCCGGCUAUACCGAUCGCGACCGGGGCCGUAGAGGACAGCUCUGAACACACCACCGCCGCAGAUACGGACUCUCUCUCAACGUCUUGGUCGUCCGCGGCAUCGCGGACAUCCUCUCCAGGAUCAAAUACAGCCAUGCGCCACCGCGCAGCGACAACCUCGGUCUCCAUCUCUCACACUAGUCCACGGGCGCUUUCCCCUUUGCCUCCACCCGCCAAUCUUUUCACCCCUCGACAAGGUCUACGGCGACUUCCAUCUACCGCUGAGCUUUCAAACCGCGCCUCUACAGCUGUCAAGACCAUCCGCCGCAUCCCGAGCGCAAUCCUGAACAGGACGUGCGAGAUGAUAUUUGGCCCGCCCGCUCACCUCAUCAACCUGAUGCUCAAGGUAGCCGCGCGCAUCGCAGCCGGAGAAUUCCGAGGCUUUGUCUUCGGAGUAGGCGAAGGGGGCGAGGUGGUCGAUGUGCGGUGGGACUGGAGCGAUGAGCACAGCGACAUCGACGAGAGCCCAGCACUGGAAGGCUGGGAUGAGGCAGAUUUCAACUUCGGCGAUGACGCGCGUAGGCAGGCUGCUAACAGGAUUUCCCGCGGCCGCAAGAUGAGAGCCAGCUUUGCUGCUGCGGACCUGUCGAGGCCGUCGAGGGCGCCGGGGAAGGCUAUCGAGUAUCAAGAUCCCUGGGCGACUGCGGACGACGAAGACGAGGACCCGAGCCGCAGCUGGGGCGUCGAUUAG